AUGACGAUGACGAGGAUGGAGGAGAGGCACGACUGUGCUGUGCUGACCCUCAUCGGCGUGUCAGUGGCAGCCCCGCGGCGAGGAAUAACGGCGGAAAUGACAGCUGUGACGUCGGCGGCGGCGGCAGCAGCGGCAGAGGCGGCUGCAGCCGCCUCAUCGGCAGGAACGACGACAACCGGAGCUGGCGCCGGGUUUGUGGGUUCGGCGGGCCUCCUGCACCACCACCACCACCACCCUCAUCACCACCACCACCACCCGCACCAUCACCCCCACCACCACAUUCAGCAUCCGCAUCUGCCUCCUGGUGCUCUCGGUGCCGCCGGGGCGUCCCUGCCGUGGGCGCCGCUGAACCGCGGGAAGCCUCGACGCGGCAUGAUGCGUCGCGCAGUGUUUUCCGACACUCAGCGACAGGGACUCGAGCAGCGCUUCCAGGUGCAAAAGUACAUCUCGAAACCCGACCGCAAGAAGCUGGCCGAGAAGCUGGGCCUCAAGGAUUCACAGGUGAGGGGCAAUUUUCCUUUGAUUCCCUCGGCGGUGCGGUUAUUUGUCCGACGACAAGAGAAAACGACGACGAUAGAGGGGGAUAAACGAGCGGCCCGUGCUGCCGACACCGUCGUCGUCGUCGUCGCGGGUGUGCGGCUAAUAGCUUUGUCCCACGCGCCAUCUUGA